UGAUCCACCUGCCUCGACCUCCCAAAGUCCUGGGAUUACAGGCAUGAGCCACUGCGCCCGGCCUGCAAUUUUUUUUUUCAAAGCCAAACCCUCUGUGAAUCCAUCCCUGAUACUCUCAAGCAGGUAAGAGAACAAGUUUCAUCACAGGAUCACCAGCAAUUUAUAGGAAAAUUUUCAAUUAAAAAUUAUUAAAAUUAAUUUUAUAUUUAAAAAUCAACAGGUGAAACAUAGCACCAGGACGUUGUUUUAAUUUAACUUUUUUUUUUUUUUUUUUUGCUAAUGUCAAAUUUUUUUCAAGUUUCCUAAUUGGCUCUAUUUCCUCUUUUGAAAUGCUGGUCUCUGUUCAUCUUGAAAUAUAUAGAUAUUUCAUCUACAUGAAAUGUAAAUAUUUACAUCUAUAUCUUUAGAGAUACUCCAACUAUAUUUCACCUGUAUAUAUUUUUCAUCUGUUUAUCAAGAUGAAACAACAGGGAUGGCAGGAGCCAGGCCCAGGUGGAAGGAAGAGCGGGAGGAACUGGCCCCUGCAGCAGGGAGCACUGCCAGCCAGCCUCCAGGCUAGGGGUUAGGGGACCACUCUAGACCUGGGAGGAACACUGGCCAAAGCAAGAAAACUGGGACCACAGGUGGGGUGCAGGAUGGGAUGGGAACCAAGCUGGAGGAGUGAGAGCUAACAUUUAUCCAGAGUGGCCAUUUAUCAGGCUUACCUGAUAAAUGGGGAAAGAUUGUCAUCCUCAUGUCACAGGUGAUGAAAGUGUGGCAGGUCAUACUUUAUUAGGGUUGGAGAAGCAGGAUUAGAACCAGCACAUGCAGCCCAUAGUCUUUGCAGAGGAGCUCACUGCGGAGCAGAGAGGGCGCAGAGAAAUUCCACGUAGGAAGCCUCAUAAAUAAUGGUCAAAAAAGAGAGGAGGGAGGUGGCAGGUUCCAUUCAGAGGAAGAGCACUGAGGACCUGCGGACAGGAUGCGACAGCGGCAGGAGUGAGGGUGGCUGCCGCAGCCAGACUGGCCAGUCCUGACUCAGCUCAAGCAGACAGGGCGGAGGAGCGCCCCUGGAGGAAGGGCCCGGCCUUCAGCAACCUGGGGUUCCAGGCCUACCUACUUGGGUACGCCCAGUUCUGUGAUCUGGGCAAAUUCUGUUCCUCCUCUGAGUCUCAGUUUUCUCCUCUGAGCCUCAGUUUCCUCCCUGCUUAGCAGAGUAAAAACACGCCUUUUGCUUUGCACUGAAGUUUGCACGCCUCGUAUUUGACAAUGCGCUUGUUUUUCUGGCACACCUGGUUGUGCAAUGUCAGCGUCUAGAAGCAGCUGAGCAGCGAAAGCGGAAACACCCAUAGGGCACUCCUCGGACCCACCCACCUGCGGGAGGCGCCCUGAGACCGAGAGGCUGCCGGGCCCGGGGCUUCUGCCGGCUGCCCUUCGCCUCCCGCACGGCGCUCGCUCGGGGGACGCCCCCAUCCACUGCCCUCCGCAGCCUCAGGCACAAGGGCAAGACCAAGGAAGCAGAGGGGGCAGCCAUGGCGGAGCCGGAGGCUGUGGCCGAUGACCUAGACGCCCUCAUCGACGACCUGGACUACCUGCCGGGCCACUUUCACCUGGAGAUGCAGUUGAACUUCGAGCCGCACUCGCCGGCCCCGCAGCGCGCCCGGGACAUGAAGCUGCAGCGGGAGGGUCUGCGGCAGGAGCUCGAGCUGGCGGCCGCCCCGCAGCGCCCCGCCGUGCGUCACCUCCUGGGCGCUUUCGCAUUCUACCUGGAGGAGCUGGACGAGGCCCGCGAGUGCUUCCUCGAGGUGACCCGCGAGCACCCGGGCAACCUCAACGCCUGGGCCAAUCUGGCACACGUGUACGGACGGCUGGGCCAGGAGGAAGAGGAGGAGGCGUGCGCCGCGCGGCUGGCCGGCCUCAUGGGCCUGGCGGAGGAGCCCGAAGCCGCCGGGGACCCCCAGCUCCGCGCCGCUCGCUGCCUGGCGGAGCAGGGCUACGCGCACGGCUUCGACGUGGGCUGCGCCAACCCAGAGGAGCGUGCGCGAGGGUUGGCGGCAGGCAUCGCGCUCUACGACAAGGCGCUGGGCUACGGGCAGCAGAUCCCGAUGGAGGAGAAAAGGGGCUGGUAUUUCACCAUGGCAACACUCUACAUCAGGCUAGAUGGUAUCUUCCUGGAGCUGGGCAGUGAGGAGCAGAAGAGGCUGCCCGCCUUCAACCGCACGUUGGCUCUGCUCCGGCAAGUGCUCAAGUCUGAGGACCCCCGCCACCAAGCCCUGGCCUGGUGCUACCUCGGGAUGCUGCUGGAGCGGAAUGACACCUUCUCCACCACCCCCAUGGGCGUCCAUGACUGCGGGUACUCGGGGACCGACCCUCUGGACUGCUUCGGCAAGGCCAUCGAGAUUGCCAAGAACCAACCUCCCAUCCUGAAUCGCCUGGCCAAAAUCUUCUACUUCCUAGGAAAGCAGGAUAUGGCCAUUGGAACCUGUAACAUGGCCCUGGAUGUCCUACAAGAUCCAGAGCUCAACUGGCAGGCGUACUGCACAAGGGCCAAGAUCCACAUCAGAGCCUACCUGCACGACCUGGAGCGGGCCAAGAUGGGUCUUGGGGGCAUGCCUGACAGGAACCACCUGGCCUGCGCCAAGGCUGACCUAGAGGAAGUGGUCAGGGUGUGCCCAGGCUUCAAGGCGUACCUGGACAUCGGGCAGGUCUACUACUACAUGGGCGUGGACGCAGUGCAGGAGCUGCUGGCGGUGGACGAGGCGGCGCUGAACCAGGCGCUGGUGUUCCUGGCCAAGGCGGGCGAGUCGGAGCUGGGUGCCACGCUGCCCGAGCUGCAGCUGCUGCGCGGCAAGUGCCUGCGCAUCAAGGGCGAGGACGCCAACGCGGCGGCCUGCUUCAAGCGCGCGGUGGAGCUGGACGACGCCGGCUCCAGCCACACCGAGGGCUUCGGCUGCCUGCUCGAGGCGCUGCUGGCACAGUGGAGCCAGGCACAGCUGAGCGACGGCGAGCUGGGCCGCGAGGUGGACGCCUGGCUACGCCGCGCCCAGGACAAGUACCCUGCGGCGCGCCUGCGCCAGGAGCUGCAGCGCGUGUGGCGCGGGCACACGGACGAGGUGCUGGGUCUGGCCCGGGCCCUGGUGGCCCAGGGACGGCUGGCGCUGGUGCGGCUGCUCUUUGAGACUAUGGAGCGCGAGGGCGAGGGCGCCAGUGCGCCGCGGGACCGCCGGGCGGUCUCCUUCUAGGAUGCGGGUGCCCAGGCCGGAGGCUCCCGGGGACCCCGCCCAGGCCCCGCCCAGCUGGUGGGACCAGGUCUGGACGGACCCCCUGCCUUAGGCUGGCCUGGGAGCGGAGCCAGUUCGAUUCUCUGUCAGGAAUUGUGAAUGGGGAUGUUGCGACACCCGGGCGGUUUGAAAUGCCCACCCAGACUGGAGGGCCUGAGAGCAGAAGAGGCUGGGAGCAGAGGUGAGAAAACACUGGGAAGCUGCCAAUUGAGGGACAGAAUUUUCUAGACAUACAGGUAAAAUAAGAUGGUUGUGAGGCUCCUGAGAGAAACAGAAGACAGUUACCUCAGUGUGUCUCUUUUCUAGUCCAGGGGCUCAGUCCCUCAGGCCUGCGUGCCUGUCUUUGGACUCCCGUGGGCUUCACUCUAUCCUUAUGUGAAAGUCCCCUUUACUUUAGUUGACUAGAGUGGGGUCUCAGCUCCUGCAGCCAGAAAAGCCCUGGCUAAAGCAGAGGGCAUGACUGCAACGCUAGUGAGUUACGGAACAGCGCCCUAGCCUAAGCCUGGUGCUCUGGGCUCAUUCCUACCUCUCUGCCACUUUUCCAGCAGGCCUCCUCCUUGGUCAGCGUGGCCUGAAAGGCCUCCCAAACGCUCUGAAUAGAGCCCAUCAACAGAACAUUCACUUGACUUCCCUGCUCUUGGGGGAACUAGGAGCCCCACCCUUUAGGAGGUGCAACCUGCCCCCAGUCUUUUUUUUUUUUUUUUGAGACAGAAUUUCGCUCUUGUUGCCUAGGCUGGAGUGCAAUGGCACGAUCUCUGCUCACUGCAACCUCCGCCUCCUGGGUUCAGGCAAUUCUCCUGCCUCAGCCUCCCAAGUAACUGGGAUUACAGGUGUGCACCACCACACCUGGCUAAUUUUGUAUUUUUAGUAGAGACGGGGUUUCACCAUGUUGGUCAGGCUAGUCUCAAACUCCUGACCUCAAGGGAUCCACUUGCCUCAGCCUCCCAAAGUGGUGGGAUUACAGUGUGAGCCACCACGCCUUGCCCUGCCCCCAAUCUUGACUAUUCUACUAAUUCUAAAGAAAAUCUUGGAAUUUUACACUCUUAGAAUCAUAGUCAUAGAAUUUUUUUUUUUUUUUUGAGACAGAGUCUCACUCUGUCGCCCAGGCUGGAGUGCAGUGGCCAGAUCUCAGCUCACUGAAACCUCAGCCUCGUAAGUUCAAGUGAUUCUCGUACCUCGGCCCCCUGAGUAGCUGAAAUUCCAGGCUGUACUCACUGCUUUGCUCAUAUCCUCACUCAUUACCAGGGACAGGCCAGCACCCCUGCAUUGCAUCUCACAUAUCCACUGAUGGGUAGAGAACAGACUGAAAUUCAGUGUCUUAGAGAUCGCACAGUGCAACCCCCUCAUUGUGCAGAUGGGAAAACUGAGAGCCAUAGAAGGGAAAUGGCUUGCCCAAAGCCAUACUUACUGUUUUCCCCACACUUACUUUCACACUUUUUACCACAAAUUUACUUUCACCAUUCUUCAGGUUUGGAAAAAUACUAAUAAACUAAUCAACUCUAAA